AUGACCUCCCUGCGAUCGUGGUUUAGCAUACCUCGAGGAUCUCACUUUUCACUAGCGAACAUUCCUUUUGGCAUCAUCUCCACGACUUCUUCGACGACGCCGCGAGUGGCUGUUGCAAUUGGCGACCACGCAUUAGACCUGGAGGCUUUUGCGGCGGACAAUGGCUUCUCAGGAUUGUCUACGAUACAACCACACCAGGCUGUUUUUUCACAGCCGUCACUAAACGCCUUUGCUGCGCUCGGACGGCCCAUACACUCCGUUGUGCGCAAGUACAUCCAAAGUGUGUUCACCGAGAACACUGAGUUCCCAGAUGUGCUGAAGAACAAUGAGUCGUUGCAGAAGCGAGUCUUGAUUCCGUUGCAUGAUGUGAAGAAGCACUUGCCCUUCAAGAUUGGUGACUACACCGACUUUUUCGCCGGCAUGAACCACGCCUACAAUUGCGGAGUUAUCUUUCGUGGGCCACAGAACGCGCUGCAGCCCAACUACAAGCACCUUCCUGUUGGCUACCAUGGGCGAGCGUCGUCAAUCGUGCCCUCAGGAACACCGAUUCGACGACCCAACGGCCAAAUCCUUCUCAACCCGGCCGCUGAGAAGAAAGAACCAACUUUCUCACCAUGCAAGAAACUCGAUAUUGAGCUGGAGUUGGGCGCAUUCGUAUGCGGCUCCAACGAACAAGGAACGCCGAUAUCGGUUGACAAGGCCGCCGACAAUCUAUUCGGUGUCGUCCUGAUGAAUGACUGGUCAGCGAGAGACAUCCAGGCUUGGGAGUACGUGCCGCUUGGACCAUUCAACGCAAAGAACUUUGGCACAACUAUCAGUACAUGGGUUGUUCUCGCAGAUGCACUGGCACCUUUCAAGGUUAAGGGUCUAGAAAACGAUGCCGACGUGUUGCCAUACCUCAAAGAGAAGGACGAGAAAUCUGUAUACGAUAUCAAUCUCCAGGUAGACGUAAAGACGUCAUCCGGUCAAAACACGACAAUAUCGAAAGUCAACGCACGAAACCUCCUGUGGUCAUUCCCUCAGAUGCUUGCACACCACACAAUUACCGGUUGCCCUUUCCAACCUGGUGAUCUGCUCGGCUCUGGAACCAUAAGCGGGGACUCUCCAGCUGAAUAUGGAAGCUUCAUAGAACAGAGCCAGAACGGCAAGGAACCUAUCAGACUAAGCGGUGGAGAGAUGAGGACAUUCUUGGAGGACGGUGAUGAGAUUACCAUCAAGGGUGUCUGCGGUCAAGAUGAGGAAGCAUUGGUAGGGUUUGGUGAAUGUGUAGGGAAGAUCGAGCCUGCCCUAGAGCUCAAGUUCGACUGA